AUGAAUUGUGUUCAAAGAUUUUGUUUAUUGAUGCUUUAUUGUUUCAUUGCUGCACAAAUAAAUGAAGCAAAUAUUCAGAAGAGUACAAAUGGCAAUGGAACAAAACUUACAGAACUUACCGACGACAUUAAAUUGUACCUGAAAAAACUCUAUGAAUUAAAUGAUCAAUUUCCAGGAGAAAUUAUUAAAGGUAAGGAUAAAAUUGAUGAGAUUGAACAAAAUGCUCGAAAAAUAAUCGAAGCAAUCAAUCAUAUACGAAAUAGUUGGAAUGUUGAAGACUAUGAGAGAAAUAUGGCAAUAAUUUGUGGAAUGUCAUAA